AUGGGCUCCUUGGCUGCAAGAGUCUGUUUGGUUCGGUGUCUCUUGUUGCUUGAAUCUUUCUCGGUCCUCUUCCAUGUCAGGUACACGAUCCUUGCGGCAAACGUCGGUCAAGAUCUCUUUCCUGGCAGAUAUGUCUUAUACCGCAAGGAACAUUUCGUUGGGUUUAGAGUGUUCCCAGAUGGAACGUGCCGCCUCCAAGAAAACCACAAAAGCCAUUGCGGACAGGAUUGUGCUCUUUCAGAUUUCAGUUUUGAACCCUACGAAAAAAUCUUUCAGUUGCUGGCAACUGGUGGGCCGAGCUCUUGUGGAAAGGUGGCCGGUGUACGCCAACAGUUCGAGGCAAUCUUCCAUGUAGAAGCUCGCACGUCAGAUGGUGCAAGCCAGGUGGAUUUGGGCGGUGACCAUGUGUCGCAGCAAGUCAGUGAUGUGUGCGGUGGCAUGAUUUCGUUCCAAUCUGCAUUGUCUCAUAAUAUACUGCUUUCAUGCGACGCCGAAACUUUUGACUUCGGCACUUUCGUGUCGAAAGCUCGCUCGGUGCUGCACCGGCGUCUUCGCCAUCCGCCUCUAGCUAUGUCCUUCUUCAAAGACGGGCUUCAGAUUGCAGAGGACCUGAUGUGGGAGGAUCUUGGGUACCCUUCCAACGUGCAAGUUCUCAUCACCACUACGCACAACAAUCUCUGGGACAAGCUUGCACAUGCCAUCCUGCACAAUGCCAUCGCUGAUGUUGAGUGGCUGUUGCGGCAGGGCCAAGAUCCGAAUGGAACAUGUUCAGCAGGAACAACUCUCCUGGUCUACGCCUGCCAAGCGGGGGCACUUGGAGCUAUGAAGACGCUUUUACAAAGCAAAGCGAGCCCGAAUCUCAUUGGCCCUGACGGUCUGAGCCCUUUGCACACUGCGACCACGAGGCGCGAUGUCAGUGCAGCUGAACUUUUGUUGGUCUAUGGUGCUGACCCGAACAUGCCAAAUUCUUUCGGUGAUGCUGCAGUGCAUCUGGCAGCGCAGGAGGACGAUUCAGACAUGGUUGGCUUGUUCAUGGGCUGCGGCGCGGAUCAGACUUGUCCUGGCCUGCUGCGACGCCUUAGUAUCAUUCAGAAGCAACCAGAUGUUUGUGGCGGAUCUGAUGCGUGUGAGGAACCUCUUUUGAACAAAGGUCCUCAAGUAUGGCUACGUAUAUGCCACAACCGCGCCGAUGCCUUAAGGAGGCGCCAAAUGUUGGAAGAGAGGACGCCCAAGACGCUGCAACAACUGAUGGAGGCCGGGUUCACGGCACAAGAAGCUUCCUACUUCUUGGAGUCACAUGCGAAGGCCAAGGAGAAGCAGGGCUGGUUUCGACGCUGGGACGCAUCAAUGCCUCCCAUGGUUCGACAAACAUUUGGCAUCCUUAACGCCCAACGGCGUGGCGUGCGAAUUCCCUUGCCGCCACUGUCUCGACCCUUGGUGUCGCUGCCGGCAAAUUGCCCCGAACUUUUUCUGGGAACUGACUUCCAUUUUGAUUGGCUACAAGUGUGUCAUCCGCAUCCGCGAGACACACACAUCCGCUUCGUGUCGGAAGGUCACAAGUAUUUUGUGGACAACGAGCCCUUUGAUCUUUCUGAGUUUGACGCAGACAAAGCUAUCGAGAUGAUGAUGUCUGGCGCUCGUUGGCCUCGUGUAGAGUACAUGAAUGGCAUCAAAAAUGGAAAACUCGCUCAUGCUUGUUUACAAGUUCCUGACUUGACAGCAUUGGGCGCCAUUCUCGCGCAGCCUUCCCUAAACUUAGCGCACGCAAGCCAUUGUCUGCGCAGCACAUUGGAUAGUUGCUCUGCUGAAUCACACGCCCUGCUUGCGAGCCACAUUAUGUCUCCAGCUGAAAUCAAGGAACAUUGGGCCCUAAAAGCGGAGAUGGCAUCGCAUGCAGGGACGUGGACCCAUCUCCAGUGCGAGUGUGUCUUGAACGGUGGGGCCAUCAAAGGAACUUGUGCUGAGAUGGACCUGCUACGUACCUUUGUCGGCCGCACUCGGCCUCUGCUUGCCUUCCGUACAGAGUGGUGCAUCUGGGCUAGCGAUGAGAGGUUGGCAGGUUGCAUCGACUUCGCAGCGAUUGACGAGAAGGGACACCUUGUGCUAGUUGACUGGAAGCGCACCAAGAAUUUGCAGAACAAGUUCCAAAACCCUUGGCGCGCACUGGCUGAGCCGUUGGAGCACUUACCAGAUGCGCAAGGUGAAACUCGGUUUCCAGACGAGGACCACCUCGACGAGCAGCAGGAGCAGGAAGAUGCAACCCAACCUGCCCUGACUGGCAGCGCACCAGCACGCAGUUCUGCUGCAAAUGCACGUGCGAGCUCGCCCAUUGGCCCAUCUCCGCGCACAGCAGCAAAGUCGACAGCGAAAAAGAGGAAGGCAGAGGACAGAGGCCAACCAGAGGAAGCGGAAAAUGCAACUGGGGAAGGCGCGACCCAGGCAGAGGAGGUUAAGCAGGAGGGGGUGGAUCCUGCCAAUGGCGAAGAAGAAGCUUAUGAGAAACUCAAGUUCAGAAGGAUGUUGCCAGGGGCUGCAACGUCAGACAAAGAUUUUGACGACUUUUUCUUGAACCUUGAGGUCGCAAAUGAUAUCUUUCGUUUGGAGCCAGCAGAGGAGAUAGACACAUCGGACACAAUUUUGCACAAAGUCCGCUUGUGGACAGGCUCGGUGGCAGAUGUCAUGUCAGCAAAUACGCCUGACUAUAUUGUACGGUUGUGUGUUGGAGUCCUUGCCUUUGGAAAGGCUAGACAAGCAGACAUCUUCCUCCGAGAGCACGCGCUGCUUUAUUGGAUCGCAGAAGGAGGACGUACCCUUCGCUUUCAUUCUGGUGACUGUUACAUGAAGAGUCCUAGCGGUGCAUUUCAGCAGCACCGAGGAGUGCCUCCUGACCAUGAUAGGGUCCAGAUGUUUUUGAUGCAUUUAGAAGGAAUUUUCCGCCGGAUGCCUAGAAAUACACAAAGGGCUACGAGGAACCUUCUCACUGCCGUUGAACGGAUGUUUGCAGAAGCGGACGGUGAUCAGGUUGCUUUUCUCACUGCCUGUGUUGAUGCAUGUUUGAACUUUGAAGGGGAUGCUUCUGCACGGAAAGGACAAGGUAAAGGAGAGGAAGACGACGUAGCACCGCCCGGAGGUCCAUGGACUGCAGCAAGUGCCAAAACUGUCUUGGCGGUAAAGAAGCAAUUGUCGUACGAACUCACACAAGAUAAACUGUUGCACUACAUGUGCGAGUGGUGCGAUACCCCCAAAGUAGUUGAAGGAGCGUGUUGCUAUGAAGACUGCUGCAUCAAGUAUGACUUUGAGGAGUCUGCCGCAAAGCAGGUGCAGCGAGCUGCCCUAACAAACUGCUAUUUGCGCAUUCCGCACUGCCUGAAAGGCACUAUUCCACAGAAUGUUGUUGAUCGCCUGCGAAAAUUUUAUGCGCAAACCUUUUGGGGCAACAUUGACGUUUUCAAAUGUGGCCAGGCGGCACAGGCAUUAGCCAAACGAGGCAUCAAUGUCGUUCGCCUCUUCAUCGGCCUGUCGAGUGGGGGCGUUGGCCAGUCCUUAUACUUCACGCACUUGGAAGCCAUGUACGCUCACAAUUUCGCAUUCUUCGACCCGAACAUAUGGUACAACGGGGAGGAAAUGCGAAAACAGGUUGAGCAGCUGAACGGAUGCAUGAUUUUGACUGGCCAAGAGACGCCUGGAACUGGGAGCGCCUUGGCAGCGAGUCUACUUUCUGAUGUAGAAUUGAGUGUGGUGGUUCGAAAGCUGCGCGAAGAUCUCUUCAAGAAAUUCGCGUCUGCCGAUGGUAUAGCUGGCCGCAAGCCCUACGGCUUUAAGACACGCAUGAUUCACUGCAUUGGCUGGAAGCGAUUAGAAGCGAAUCGCAUGUUCCACUUCGACGACGUGGACGCCCGCAAUUUUAAUGCCAUUCUGCGGCGGUCCUUCGUCUGGCGAGUGAAAGCCCGCUUCGAAGAUCCACAUGUGAUUGCGGAGGCCUACGAAGAUAUUCACAAGGACGGCGUCUUUCCGAAAGACCCUGACCUGGCAGUUUUUCUUACGUCGCCGCCUGCAGUGGGCGCGGGAUUGCAAAUUCAACAUGCCUUCGAAGCGGAGUACAGCAAGCAAGACUGUGUGAACAUGAUUGAAAACUAUGUCACAUGGGGCGGAGAUGGUGGGCUGACCGAAAACACAAUGAGAGCUGCCUGCAGGCUGCCGCUAAAAGAUGUUCGGGCAGUUGGAAGCAGGGCUGCGGCGGUGAUGGUUGUUGAUGAACCAGACGAGGAUGUAGAUGAGCGCGAGAGCUGGCUCACACUUCGGAAAGCAAUGGUUGACUUUUUGUUGAUCAGGAAAAGACUGUUUCCGUCACAAGCUUUCUUGCAGAAUAUGAGCGUCCGAGGAGGCCCGAAUGUGGCAAAAAGUUGCUACUUGGAAUCACUGCUGGCGAGAAAUUUUGUCCUCAAGUGCGCUUGCUCCGCUGCCGGAGGAAAGGCAUCCGAAGUCUUCGUACCAUGCCUGACAUUGAAGACCAGUCUGGACACAGUGAUUCAGCACAGGGUCCGGGAAUGUGAUUUGCAGCUUCCGGAGUCAUAUGAUGUUGAGGCUUUUGCGACGUACUUGCACAGUCACCUUCAUCGUCGAGAGAACGUUCAAAUCUUUGCAGCUUUUUGGAAGCACAUGAGCACAGCAAAGCACAAGAAAGCUGGCAAGCCGACAGCGCAGGAGAAGCAACGAAAGGCAGACAUGCUAGGCAAAGCUCAGCAUCUUCUUGAUGCAGAGAAACAUGGAGAUGAUUUGUUGGAGAAGUUUCACGCAACAACAAAAAGGAGAAGAAUCGCGCACAGGAUUGAAGAGGUAAAAACAGAGGACGGAGAGAAAAGCAAUGCUAAGGGCGCUUUGGCUUCAGUAACGUGCAGCUACCACUAUUCUGGGCCCACCACGCUUCGCACUCGGAAGCAGGCUUCGGAGUUUAGCGCACAAAGAAUGAGUCGACGAGUGCAAGCUGUGAUUUUGCCACACACGCACGACCUAGACAUUGAAAACAGCCUCUUCACCUUGAUAGCGCAGUUGCUGGAGAAACUCGAUGUGGAUCCAGCCAUGCCUGCAGAGGCGCGGGAAGCUUUAGAUUUGUGCGCCCAAAACCGCGCACGGGUUUGUGCGGAAAUUUUGUCUCUACCUGGCUCGCGUGGAAAGCAGUUGCUCGUCUCCACUUUCUACGGCGGGUCUGUGUCGCCAGAAUUGCAAAAGCUGGACUUUGUACACAACUUGCAAAAAGUUUCGGUGUAUUGCAAAUGGGUAGCUAUUUCGUGUCUUUCUGAUGAGUAUCGCGCCUUUCUGCAGGAUAGCAAAAAAACCAAUCCAGAAGGGUCACUUCUAUCAUACCUCUACACUGCCUGUGAAGAUUUUAUUCUUUCUCAUUGGGUGCAAUUCUUGAUGGAGACCUUUCACCCUCAGCACCUCUCUUUGCAUUAUGAUGGGGUCCGGAUUAGCACUGUGGACGCUGUUUCUAUAGCAGAUGUCUGCACGCAGAGUGAAGCCUACAUCAAGCGGAUGACAGGCUUCGAAGUCCGCAUUCGGGAAAAGACUCACAAGCUUGUACUGCAGGCCAUGAAAGAAGCUGCUGUCGCAGGUCCUGCUGUUUACGCAGCUGACGACGUGCUGUGCAAAGCAGGGAACUGCAUUCCACAUGCGCUGGCGUGCCUGGAAAUGCUGGAGCCAGGUCACAUGUAUGUGCUCAACAAUGGGACAGACCAAAACAAUGUCUACAUGCAGCAGCGUGGCUCGCGCACUUACAGGCAAUGCAUGAACAUGUUUGGCUGUUCUUUCUCCGUAGCCUUGCUGACGGACGGGGAAGUGCCCGAAGGCAAGUUCCUACUACAUUGUGAAAAUGGUGGGCGGCCACAUUGUGUGGGAGUGCAUGUUACGCAGGAGUCAGAAGAGGUUGGUCAGCAGGUCACUAUGUGGGAUGUUGAUGGUGUGUAUCGGCUAAGCGUGGCUAGCUUCACCGACGCUUUGUUGCGAGGAACUGAUGCUUCCACCUCUGUAGGUUUUUGGUUGCAGGCAGACAAAUCGGAGGACUUGGAUGAAGCUCUCGAAAGGCUGCUGGACUUGGGAGCAGGUAGUUCUGAGGAGGAAACGGUCGCGGAAUCCUGUGAUGAGAUGCUUGCAGAAAGUUGUAUCCUGGAGGAAGGUGGAGUGCAGGAAGAGGAACCCUUCGAAUGGUUGGACGAGGAAGGGACCGUUGUUGUGGAAGAGGCUUUACUAGGCAAGCUCCAGGCAGAGGUUGACGAGCGCGUGACCAAGUCAGCUGAUUGGAAGAGUAGAGGCACCAUGCCUUGUCCACUGUGUCCUUUUCGCACGUUCCAUCGCCGAGAUCACUGGGAGCGCCAUGCGCGCAGGUAUCACAGCAGGAGACAGCAAUACUGUUGUUCAGGAACGAAACAGCUACGUAUUGUGAUCGCUCUCCAUGAUGCGGACCAGCUGCACCGACGCAGAGGCCGGAACUAUCUCCAAAGGUCUGCAGAUGUGUUGCGCCGAUCUGUUCGACCAGCCCUGUCCUCAAAUUGCAAUGCCAUCGACAAGCACAUCCGGCUGCUUUUGGAUGGAUCUGGACCUAAGGUGGUGCAUGCUGAAUAUUUAAAGGCAGGCGUCACUGCUCGCCGAGUUGGACGACUGUGGUACACCCAUUCCUUUGCUGAACAGGUGUGGCAAGAAAUGCUGCUUCACCAUGGAAAGGCCGGUGUGACCAGACAUGCAGCGGCAGCGCUGCGGCCUCGACUACUGGUGAAGGCAUUGAACGCAGGCAACCACAUCGCAACGCUCUUACCAACACAUGUCAAUGCAUGGUGGCCCCUUGUGGAAGAUAUUUUUUCAUCCGCCGCAUGCCAAAGUCUCCGGGCCGAUUUGCUGGAGAAAGCAAUUGCGCAUGGUGAAUGCUCCUACUUGUCUGUGGAUGGCACCUUCAAGGUUUGCUUGCCGGUGAUGGGCCAAGCGCACUUCAAUGCUUCUGCUGGUGUGAGGGCGAGCUUUCCAUUUCAGGACGGUGAGGCUUACACGCGGGUGCUGUCUGUGCGAGGUCGCAGUGGGGCCGUUCUUGCAUUAGAGCCUUCUGUCGGAGAAAGCCCUCCACACAUCGUCGCUUGCUUGCAGACUUGUUUGCCCCAGGCAGGCCUUCUGCAAGUAGAACAUUUGGCCACAGACAGUCCGAACGAAAAUUUGCUGGCUGAGUUGACAAAUGUGUGUCCCAACUUGAAAGCCUUGUCGUUGGAUCCGACCCAUGCAGCCAUGAAGUACGAGCAGGCAUUGGUAGGGAAAAGAUCAGCUGGUUCCAGAUUGCUGCGAUCUUUCUUGGUGAAGUUCACGGCGCACGACCCGAAUGUAGAAAGCAACAUUUGGGGCCCUUUCUAUGCAGGCGGGCCUGUGCCUGAGGUACGGCAAGAAGCGAAUCUGCGGCAGCACAUCUUGGAUGUGUCCAUGUCUAAAGCCCGAGCCCGCCGGAUUUUGCAGAGUGCUGAGCAGCUUCUGAUUUGGCCGACUCGCAUUCAGUUCAUAGAAGCAGUGGCUGCUUUAACAGCGCUGCAUUCAGAUGAUAUGCAGAAAAAGAUUGACGGUUCGAAGUUCACUGUGGCAAAGUUCUUAUACAAACUUACAGCUGCAGACAAAGUCGAAUGGCUAACCAACAACUUACGCUACCGACAGUUUUUGCCUGCAUCUCGGAGGAUCCUUCUCCCGAGCGGAACAACUGCCAACGAGGCACUGCAUGCAGAGCUAAAUGCAUGGUACAGGCAGGUGCAGCAGAUGCACCGAAGCACCCUUGCUUUGAAACUGGGUACGCAAACGAUCGGAAAGCUGCUUAGCCACCAAACAGCGCUGCAUUGGCCUACAACAGUGCAAAUGCCUCACGCCAUGGUCCUGGCGGCAGCUACAACGAAGCCACUCUGGACGAAGAGGACUUGGAAACUGUGGGUGCAGGAGCAACGCGAAAGCGGAGUAGAACCAUUGCAGCGCCUUGUGCAGAAAAAACGUGACAAGGCAAGAAUUCGCAAGUUCAAGCGGCCUGCAUCAACAGAAGUUCGCCAACGCAAGCGAACUCCGUUCACUUUGGAGCGAAGAGCUGGAAUUAAACGAACCGGCGUCCACAGACGACGUCCGGCUUCGGCUUCUGUUGGAUAA